UUCUCUCCCUUUCUCCCAGUUUCGUGUCUCUUCAAUUUACAAGCAAAUCGCUCAUACGGAGACCAGAAACGUUGGAAAGUGGAGAAGCAGAUGAAGGACGAUCCAUCUGAUAAAAGCAGGGGUUUCCCGGUCGAUCCGAAUCUCCCUAGAUGGGUAUGUCAGAACUGUCGUCACGCCCUCUGCGUCGUAGGUGUAGAUUCAUACGCCGACAAGUUCUUCAACGACUCUUCUCGUUCUGGGAUGCAGGGCUCCUCAGUCCAUGGGAUGGGGAGUGUGUCAGGUUCAACCCCCAUGGACAAUUCAUUUGUUGUGUUGCCAAAGCAAAGAAGCCAGGCACAAGGGAUACCUCCUCGUCCUCGCAGUGGCACCUCACAGCCUGAUUCUGGGAGGACCAUGGAAGAAUCAUUUGUGGUGUUGCCUCCAGCUGCUGCUUCCAUGUACAAGUCUGAAUCCACAUCUGAUGGAAUUGGGACCCAUUUACCAUCACAUUAUGGAGUCUCCAAUAGCCCCUUGCAGCCAAACAAUUCUGGGUUUCACUCGAGCAUAACUGUCUUGAAGCGUGCAUUUGAAAUUGCCACCACCCAAACACAGGUUGAGCAACCUUUAUGCCUGGAGUGUAUGCGAGUGCUGUCUGAUAAACUUGACAAAGAGGUGGAAGAUGUGAACAGGGAUAUCAAAGCAUAUGAAGCCUGCCUUCAACGCCUGGAGGGGGAGGCCCGUGAUGUUCUUAGCGAGGCUGAUUUUCUCCGGGAGAAGUUGAAGGUUGAAGAAGAAGAGAGAAGACUUGAAGCAGCAAUUGAAGAAACUGAGAAACAAUGUGCAGAAGUAAAUGCCGAGCUGAAUGAUCUAGAAUUGAAAUCCAAGCGCUUUACAGAAUUAGAGGAACGGUAUUGGCAUGAGUUCAACAAUUUUCAGUUUCAGUUAACUUCGCAUCAGGAGGAGAGAGAUUCUAUUUUGGCUAAGAUUGAAGUCUCACUAGCACAUUUGGAACUGUUGAAGCGCACCAAUGUCCUUAAUGAUGCAUUCCCUAUAUGGCACGAUGGUGAAUUUGGAACCAUUAACAAUUUUCGACUUGGUCGCCUUCCUAAAAUACUGGUUGAGUGGGAUGAGAUAAAUGCUGCUUGGGGUCAGGCGUGCCUUCUCCUCCAUACGAUGGCUCAAUAUUUCAGGCCAAAAUUCCCAUAUCGAAUAAAAAUUCUUCCUAUGGGAAGUUAUCCUCGAAUUAUGGACAGCAACAAUAACACUUAUGAGCUGUUUGGUCCUGUCAACUUAUUUUGGAGCACUCGCUAUGACAAAGCGAUGACUCUAUUUCUGACAUGUUUGAAGGACUUUGCGGAGUUUGCAUAUUCUAAGGAUCAAGAGAACAACAUACCUCCAGAAAAAUGUUUCAAGCUACCAUAUAAGAUUGAGAAUGAUAGAGUGGAGAACUACACCAUCACACAGAGUUUCAACAAGCAGGAGAAUUGGACUAAAGCUUUAAAGUACACCCUCUGUAAUCUGAAAUGGGCGCUCUAUUGGUUUGUUGGGAACACAAACUUUCAGCCUCUUUCUGCAAUGGUCUCUUUGCAUGCUGAGGUACCUGGAAUAGGCUCUUUGUACACGAAACAUGUUAAGGACUCUAAGUCUGAUCCUUGAAAUUGACUGAACCCAUGAGAUGGCGAGAUAUCUCCCCCCC